AGCCUUUGUGUCCUUCCUCUAAUCAAGCUUUAUUUCUUGCCACUACUUGUUUCUUUUGCACAGUAACAACACAAAAACAUAUAUAAUGGCAACUAAAGCAAUGCAAUUUUCUGUAUUCCUUCAGUUAUUUCUUGUAUUCAGCUUGUUAUUUCAUGGCACUUGUGGAGACCGUGGUGGCUGGCAGAUUGGUCACGCCACAUUCUACGGCGGCAGUGACGCGUCUGGCACAAUGGGGGGAGCUUGUGGAUAUGGAAACCUGUACAGCCAAGGGUAUGGAACUAGCACUGCAGCUCUAAGCACUGCUCUUUUCAAUAAUGGCUUGAGCUGUGGAGCAUGCUUCCAGAUACGCUGUAACAAUGAUCCUAAAUGGUGCCAUUCCAGUACCAUCACCGUGACAGCUACCAACUUUUGUCCUCCUAAUUAUGCUUUGGCUAAUGACGAUGGUGGUUGGUGCAAUCCCCCUCUACAACAUUUUGAUUUGGCGCAGCCAGCUUUCUUGAAAAUCGCGCAAUAUCGAGCUGGGAUUGUUCCUGUACUCUUUAGAAGGGUCCCAUGUGUGAAGAAAGGAGGCAUAAGGUUCACCAUUAAUGGUCAUUCUUACUUCAACCUGGUCUUGAUAACCAAUGUGGCUGGUGCAGGGGAUGUUCAUGCUGUGUCUGUCAAGGGAUCUAGAACUGGGUGGCAAACCAUGUCAAGGAAUUGGGGCCAAGAUUGGCAGAGCAACUCAUAUCUCAACGGCCAAAGCCUCUCCUUCAGAGUCACAGCAAGUGAUGGCACGACUGUUACCAGCUACAAUAUUGUGCCUGCGAAUUGGCAAUUUGGACAAACUUUCGAAGGAGGCCAAUUCUAGUAAAGUUAAAUGCCCACCAAGACUUGUUUUUCAAGCUGAAAAAACAUGUAGUUAUAUGUGUGGCCGGUUAUGCUGAGGUACCCAAAGGCACCAAGGCUUUCAAGUGCCAGUAUGAAUACUAAUUAAUUCCCAGAAUUGUAAAAGAAAAAAAGAAAAAUGAAAGAAGGUAUGGUAUGGAAUAAGAAGACCAGUUUUAAUUA